UCGGGCAUGGACCGCGCUCUGCCAGCAGCUAUUAGCCCCGCAGCUAUUAGUCGCUGCUGGCUCGACACCUAGGGAGUAGACCUUCACUGUGCUACUCUCUUCUGCACUUCUUUCUCGCCAGUUCUCUUUGCUGCUGUUGCUCCGAGUAGUAGCCGACGACGUAUCUCUCUCUGUCUCUCUCUGUCUAUCUCUGUCUAUCUGUCUCUUUUUCUCUCUCUCUCUCUUUCUCUCUCUCUCUCUCUUUCUCUCUCUCUCUCUCUCUAUCUCUCUCUCUCUCCUUCUCUCUCUCUUUUUCUCUCUUUCUCUCUCUCUCUCUCUUUUUCUCUCUCUCUUCGGCUCGCGCAAUGCCGCCGGAGAGAAACGAGCGUGACACUCGCCAAAAUAAUAGCUAAGUCGCCACGAAGUACCCGGACGGACGAACGGACGGAUUGACGGACGGAGGAAAAGCGCGGGCGUCCGCCCACCCGCACGAGUCCAACCUCGAGGACGGCUUUCGUCGUGCUCUUCCUUUGUAUUCCUGGGCGCUGCCCCUGCCGGAGAUGACAGCUUUUACAUCGUGUAGUGUAUGACCACCGCUUCGGAAACUCCGAACUUGUACCAAUCGAACCAAGCAUCGCCACACAUUGUUUACCGGGCACCACCAACGUCCAGCACCACAGUGGCAACUCGCUAUUUUUAGACACCUUCGUUCUCUGUUGCUGGCUAUCGCGCCUCAUACUCGCGCGUUCGCUUAUGUAAAAGCCGCUCUCUUUUUCGCGCUCUCUCGUUCCCGUCCAUGCCUGCGCUACCGAGUUUUUUCUUGUUACUGGAGCUGCCGUAACGAAAGAACUUGAGCAUUGACGAUGGCGCGAUUUACAGGGCACGCGGUCCCCGGGUUAUGGAAAGCAUGGUCGAAGAAAACGGAUCAGCUGUGGACCCACUGGCGCAGGGAUCUCAAAGCGGCGAAACCGCACCGACGAUUGUAACAUCGGUACAAUCAGUCAUACAACCUAAUCAACAGUCAGUUAUUCAAACAGCCACAAAUAUUCAACCUGUUGCCUUGUCCAAAGGAAAUGUCAUUCUUGUCAGUAAACCUAAUUCAGUCAUUCAAACAGCUCAAGGAAGUCUACAAACACUACAAGUUGUUGAAACGGCCAGUGAUGACAGUUAUUCUGAUGACGAAUCCCCCAAGAAAAGGAGAGAUAUGUUAUCAAGACGACCUUCCUAUAGGAAAAUACUAAACGAUUUAGGUGGUGGUGAAAUUGCUGAGACUCGUUUGCCCCAUUUAGAAUCUUCUUCUGAAUGUGACUCUAAUGUGGACAGUGAAGUGUCUUCCCAUUCACUCCAUUACCAAACAGUCAUACCUGCAGGAACUAUACAAAUAGCAACUCAAGGAGAAGGUGUACCGGGUCUACAUUCAUUAAGCAUGAGUAACUCAGGAACAGCCGGGGGCACUAUAGUACAAUAUGCACAGGGGCAAGAUGCUCAAUUCUUCGUGCCAGCAAGUGCUGGUCACGGGGUUGUUGUUGAAGAUGCGGCUAGGAAGAGGGAAAUGAGGCUUCUCAAAAAUAGAGAGGCAGCGCGCGAGUGUAGAAGAAAAAAGAAAGAGUACAUAAAGUGUUUAGAAAAUAGAGUUGCAGUGUUGGAAAAUAGAAACCAGACUUUAAUCGAUGAAUUGAAAACCUUGAAGGAAUUAUACCAACAUCAACAAAAAACCGAUUGAGGUUGGUACUUGCUUCUGUGGUACCGUAUCUUCAUGAAACCGUCGUUUAACAAUGAAUCUGCACACAUGCUGACAAUGUCCAUUAUCAUUGAUGUUGUGCUAAGAAAAAUGUACAUGCACUUCUAGAUAAGUGUUUCUUGUAACAUAUUGUAUUUAUGUACAACUACAAAGGCUUGUGAAACUUGCUAUUACUAAAGCGAGAAGCCAAAGUUUACACACAAUGCAGAAAACAGUCAUACGCGAUUAAAGAACAUCUUAUUUUGUUUGUUUUUUUAUAUAUAUUAUUACGAACCAUUCACGAAAUGAAUUGUUAUGAAUAAGACGUAAAAUACUUGUCUUUAGUAAGUAGAGCAGUGUUUUUGAAAAAUGAAUCGCGGAAAUUCAUUAUUUUGCCAUAUGUACACAUUUCCCAUUAUUUUUUUAUUAUAAAAACAAAACUCGAUGUUUAUUUUUUGGAUAAAAAAAGGAUUAGAAUACUUUUUCUUUGUUUUUUAACUCGAAGAACUUUUAUUAUCACCUAAUAGUUAACUUUGUUUUCUUUUUUUAUUUAUAAAAUGAGACAACAUCAAAGAAUUUACUAUUUUUUGACGAUGUUCAAGGUCGAACAGUGGUUUGAAGAGAUUUGUUAUGACUUUUUUUUCACUUCUUCACUGCAUAAAUAUAAAAAAAAACGUCCAUGCAUUUGUAAUGGAAGUUUUGGUUUUAAAAACUAUUGAGUAAAAUACUACCAAUAGCUAAUAGUAACCGAGAAUAUUGUACAAAUGAAACAAAGGUAUAUAAUGUACUAAACUAAAAUGUACUACUAUCGUGUUAUGAUUGAGAAGAUAAUAUCUCAGUAAUGAAUUGUAUUUUAUUAUCAACAGUCUAUGUUGAAUAUUGCUUAGAGCAUCCAUACAACUUUGUCACACUUAUAAUUAUUGUGUUGCACUACUCGGUUGAAAAUCAUUAAAAUGCUCUGAACCGAAUGAGACACAUUUGUAAAAUACAGAUGUAAUAUAAAUUUGGAGUGCCUUGCAGAUUAUAGUGUAUGUACCUUUGUGUGCAUAUGCAUAUAAAUAGAGAAUAUAAGAAUUUACUAGCAUAUAUCAAUUAAAUAAUAAUGUAUGGAAAGAUAUUUUUAAAUAAUUUAAAGCUAAACGUUUUACGAUAGAUUAAAACGAUCUGUAAAGAGAUUUUUUGGAGUAAAUAAGCAUAAAGAUGUUUGUAUGUUCUCGUUAAGCUAAUAUUUCACAAAAAAUUUAUCAUUGUGUAAACAAAAAAAGUUGGUGUAGGUUACGUAUAUUUGUUCAAAUUUUACUUUUUAUUUUACCUUAAAUUAUAGUUCCUUCAUUGUGCGUUGGGCGCAUUUGUGUCGAACAUGUUAUCAUUAUAACUAAUGUAAAAAAAUGUGUCCCAAUGUAUAACAUUUUUUAAUGGAAAACUCAGACUCAAUGUGACAACAGGUAUGUAUAUACCUACUAGCAAAACUAUUGUUGAAGAAUAAAACACUCAUUUAUGCAUUAAAACGGAUAAAAAGUAUGAUAAAAAAGACAAGUUUAUUUAAGACGUUAUUUUUGAAACAUGAAUUGCAACUAACUGAUACAUUUUUAUCCUAUUUUUUUUUGGAAAAAAGAGAUCUUUAUGAAGAUUAAAUCUCACUUGUAACUAUAUGUAUAGUAUGUGUAUAUCUUGGUUAUUGCGCUUAUACUCUAGAAUACUGUAUAUAGAAUAUGAUAUAUGUAUUUUUACAUAUCAUUGGCCUUCUUAAAAAAUAUAGCUUCUAAAUUUAUUAACAUUACAUCUUAUUCGUUUCCUGAGCAACAGAUUAUAUAUAUAUGAAUAUAUAUCGACCAAACCAUGAAAAAAUGCAAUAGUUGAUAUAAAUGAAAAGAGAAAAAUAUAUCUGUGGAAAUAAUUUUGUAUGAAGGAAAAAAAAUAAAAGAUGUAUAUGAAAUUAUAGAAUAAAAUUCGCAAAUCAUUGAU